UUCUGCACUGAAAGCUCAGGCGGGGUUGCAUCGACCCGAAGAAAAUAUUGGUGUGAAGGAUAAACGUCUGUUUGAGGGUGACAUGAUCCUCACAGACGCUCAAAGGAUGGCGGCCGCUCUCGGAGAAGAUGUCAGCAAAGCAGGGCUGGGACGUGCAUCCAUCAGAAAGAACCUAUGGCCCGGGGCGGUUCUUGUGUAUGAGUUGGAUUCUGCAAUAAAGAGAAGUUCUACAGCUAUGGCAGCAAUAAAUGCUGCCAUGAAUUUAUGGCGUACGAAGACUUGUGUGCAGUUUAAGAAAAAGACGACAGAAAGCGCAUAUGCCUAUUUUCACAUCGGUCAAGGAUGUACCUCGUACGUGGGACGAACAGGGAGACGACAGAUGAUAUCGCUCGCUAGGGGAUGCUGGUACACACAUACUGUGGCACACGAGAUCGGUCAUGCGUUGGGAUUCUAUCAUGAACAGUCCCGCCCUGAUCGCGACGAUUUUGUCACGAUUAACUGGCAAAACAUACAAAAUGGGCUUGCCUAUGCUUUUAAUAAGUAUCCCCGCUCCACGAUUGAUUCCCUGGGCACCCAAUACGACUACAGGAGUGUGAUGCAUUAUGAAAGCUACGCGUUCAGUAGAAACCGGAGACCAACUAUUGUGGCAAAAAAACAAGGAGUUACUUUAAGUAACAGGAAUGGUCCAACAGAAAUAGAUGUAAAACAGAUGAACCUUCUGUACAAAUGCAGUGGAGGUGGCGGUGGCGGUGGCGGUGACGGUGGCGGAGGGGGCGGUGGCGAUGGUGGCGGUGGAGGGGGAGGGGUCGGUACGUUAUGCACUGCAUCCUUAGAGAUCUUAUCGUAUUCCUAA